AUACCUCUCCGCGCCCCCGCCCUCCGUGUCCCCAUGGCUUCACCUCACCGCAGGUAUACGACACUCAUCCUAGACCUGGGCGACGUCCUCUUCUCUUGGUCAUCCAAGACCAACACACCUAUCCCUCCCAAGAAGCUGAAGGAGAUCCUCUCGUCCCUGACCUGGUUCGAGUACGAGCGCGGUCGGAUAUCACAGGCCGAGUGCUAUGACCGGGUCAGCUCCGAGUUCAGUCUUGACGCUGCCACCAUCGCAGAAGCGUUCCAGCAGGCUCGCGACUCUCUGCGACCGAACGAAGAGUUCCUGGCGUUGAUUCGCGAACUCCGCCAACAAACGCAUGGUCAGCUUACCGUCCUCGCGCUCUCGAACAUCUCACUCCCCGACUAUGAAUACAUCAUGGCUCUCGACUCGGACUGGACGUCGGUCUUCGACCGCGUCUUCCCUUCUGCCCUCGUCGGCGAGCGCAAGCCACAUCUGGGGGCGUACCGCCGUGUCAUCUCUGAGAUGCACCUAGACCCAGAAACGACCGUCUUUGUGGACGACAAGCUGGACAACGUGGUGUCCGCGCGAUCGCUCGGGAUGCACGGCGUGGUCUUCGACUCCCAGGAGAACGUCUUCCAGACGCUGAGGAAUAUCUUCGGCGACCCGAUACAUCGCGGACGUGACUAUCUCCGCAGGCAUGCCGGUCGUCUGGAGACAUCUACGGACGCCGGCGUUGUCUUCGAGGAAAACUUUACGCAGCUCAUCAUCUACGAACUAACAAAUGACAAAUCCCUCAUCACGACAUCAGACUGUCCCCGCACUUGGAACUUCUUCCGCGGGAAGCCCUUGUUCUCGGCCUCGUUUCCCGACGAUGUGGACACGACGUCGGUUGCCCUGACAGUGUUGCGCCCACCCCGCACGCUUGUCAACUCGAUCUUGGACGAGAUGCUAGAGUAUGUCGACGCCGACGGCAUCAUGCAGACCUACUUCGACCACUCGCGCCCGCGGAUGGAUCCGUUCGUCUGUGUCAACGUCCUGUCGCUGUUCUACGAGUACGGCCGGGGACAGGACCUCCCGAAGACCCUCGAAUGGGUAUACGAGGUUCUGCUGCACCGCGCCUACAUCGGCGGCUCGCGGUACUACAUGUCCGCGGACUGCUUCCUCUUCUUCAUGAGCCGCCUUCUCCAACGUAUCACCGACCCAGCCGUCCUGAACCGCCUCCGCCCGUUGUUCGUCGAGCGCAUGCACGAACGUGUCAGCGCACCGGGCGACUCCAUGGAGCUCGCGUUCCGCAUCCUCGCUGGCUCGUCCGUCGGCAUCCAGUUCCCACGUGACCUGGAGAAGCUCCUCGCCGCGCAGUGCGCCGACGGCGGCUGGGACCUGUGCUGGUUCUACCAGUAUGGGUCCACCGGCGUGAAGGCAGGCAACCGCGGGCUCACCACCGCGCUCGCCAUCAAGGCUAUCGAGAGCGCUAUCGCGCGCCCUCCGUCCCCCGCUCUAUCAGCUGUAUCGUCGUCGAAACUGGAAGUGCCGAAACCAAUUCUCCAGCGUCCCCUCAGCCCGCGCCGGCUUGGCGACUUCCUGAUGCCCUGGAGGAGAGCACAGCGCGAGGUCGCGGUUUCCAGCUAGAGCGUCCGAUUCGCCGCACCCCACCCCAUCCCUCCCUCUCAUUUCCUCACCUCCGCCUACAUUGCCCCCUUCCGGUCCCCGCCGCCGCACCCCCUCUCUCGCGCGGGGCACCAGCUGUAGAUAUGUAUGUAUUGUGAUGUACAGGUAUCGGCGUCAGUCCUUCUCGCUUUGCUAAGUCUCGGUAGCUCUCGGACCGCGCUGUUCUCGCCCUCGCCGCUCAUUAUUACGCCUAUCGUAGUAGACCCUCCC